AUGAAUACUCCUUACGGCACGCCAGAGAGUGGAACGGUAGGCUCGGAAGGGCAGAAGAUUCUCUUCCCUCAAGAUACGACACUUGCGGGGACGAGCAGCAGCAGCAGCAGCGAUGACAGCCAGCAGGUGACUGUGGACAGCCUGACGGUACAAGGACCAGUGGAACACAGUGUCGCCCCCACCAGACGAAAGCGUUCCGUGUUCCACCUGUUCAGCAUGAUGACCUGUGCCACCACUUGCAACCCGCUCAGCUACAAGGGCUACGGCUGCUACUGUGGCUUCCUUGGCUCCGGAGUGGUCGUCGAUGGUAUCGACAAGUGUUGCAAGGGGCACGACUGGUGCUACGAGCACUCCAGAUGCCAAGGCUUCGACCACUACUUCGCGCCUUACAAGUGGAAGUGCAAUGGAGGGAAGCCAUAUUGUGUGACGACGAGGGGCGAGGGGGGCGCGGUGACCAGCUGCGGCCACCAGCUGUGCGAGUGUGACCGGGAGUUCGUGGAGUGCCUGAAACAGUACCCGUGUCCCCGGACCAAGGCCAUGUGUAUGACCUCGCCCUGGAGGUACUACCAGAACCUCUUCAUGGGCAUGUCUUGUGGCACCCACCACCACUCGCAUGCUACCGCCCACGUACAGUCUUCUCCCCUGCACUCACCAUCUACCCCCGUCUACCCGACAUCUACUCUUCCUCCUCCUCCUCCUUCCCCAAGCCAGCACGUUAACGAAAGCUCUUAAGCUCUUUAGGAUUCUCCCGGUGACUGUCAGCUGGUUUUAAAAGCUGGUCCUUUUGACAAGUUUAAUAAACGUUCUUUGGCCAUUUCUAUAAACGAAAUAACAAGGAGUAUAUUGGUUUAUAUAUUGUGCCAAUACAAUGCAUAAAGAGAACCUUUAUAAUAUUCUCAUAGAUCCUCUAAGCUCUUGGACACUUCUGAAGUCCUCACUGGAUAACCCAGGAGCUCAGAGGAAACUCUAUAUGCAUUUACAAAUGUUCUAUGAGCUUUUAGAGUUGCUUUAGGUGUGAAAUGUGCCGGGGCUCUCCCGGGAGGAAUACCUAAAGCUGUAAUCACUGUGGGACUCCCAUGGCAUUACCUUCAACUUCUAGAUUCUUCAUAGAUGUAAAUAGAAUAAUUUGUAUCCCCUUUCCAACUGACUGUACAGCCUUUUACAGUAGUAAACAAGAGAGUAGACUGUAUGUAUAGUAGCCAUAGGUUUUUCGUAGUGAUUCUGUAUUGCUUCAAUGGACUCUUAGAGUGCCAUUCCCACCGCGAGACUUUUAAACUGGCCAGAGUAACUCCUCCUCUGUGAAUGAAUGUGUUGAAUGACUCGAGAGAAAGACUUCGUUUCCGUAGUUACUGACACUGCACGUGUGGCCACUGCGAAUAUGUAGUUAACUGAAAUCACCCGUAUUUUUUACACACAGAAAUCACAAUAACGUGAUUCAUCAAUGAACAAAUCCACAAGGGCCGUGACGAGGAUUCGAACCUACGUCACUAAGCAUCUCAGACGCUGACUCUUUUAACCUUGUCGUAGCUCAGUCGAUUAAGGCAGCGUCUGGGAUGCUCACAUACGUAGGUUCGAAUCCUCGUCACGGCCCUUGUGGAUUUGUUCAUUGACCUGUAUUUUUGUCUGUAGUGUUGUCAAGUGCAUGACAAGUGUAGGAAGUGGGGCGAGUUAUUGCCCUUGAGAGCACCUAAAUGUAAACUAAGGAGAGCAUGACCCAAAUGUCAAAUAUCUAAACUUUCUUUAAGCAACUUAAACUACAUAAAGCUAUAAAUUGUUUACCAAACUCGCGUCGAAUUGAACGUUGACUUUAGAAACUAAUAAAAAAUCACCCCAGUAAGGAUUCACUAGUGACAGUUGUCAUUUAUGUCAAUGUUGUAUCUGCUAAACUAAGAUGCACUUAGUGAUAGAUCUUUUUGCACGAUUCUUGAAUAAGAUGUUACUAAUUUUGAUUUUAUCGUUUCCACAUUCUCAGAAAUACAAUAUUCUUCGGUAAAUUGGGUCGGACGGCGUCGAUAAUGCUUCAGACUCUCUUAUAGCGAGAGAGAGGCCCUGUAAUAGCGAGAAAUGUACUUUAAUACCAACCAGACGCGGAGCUCUGUACUCCACCCCACGCCCAAUCAAGGACAAUGACCUGCCUCACUUCCUCUCGCUCCUCGGCGAAAGUGACCUGAGAAUUACGCUUCAUUUUCCUAGUAACCCGAUUUAAGAAUAAAGUCAGUGAAGGUGACUCUUCCCUUAAGGGAUUGUUUCUCACGUUCGCUACGACCUGUCGAUUACAUUAAAGAUGAAACGCUCUUGAUUCAUGUUCACGUCGAUGUGAAGGUGAUGCAUCUUGCGAGAAGACUUAUGCUCAAUUAUACAGGAUAAUUGAACAAGAAACGUCUAGAGUCCGUGAACACUGUUGGUUCACUGACAGGAACUCCGGUUGCAUGACAUGACAGGACAGCUUGGUCUCAUGGAAACACAGAACCUGAACCUUACGUUUCCAGGAAAGACAGAACCUGGACUUUACUGCACCACACAACUGAUUCAUCACCACCAUGGCAAACACUUCACCUCGUUCUCUCAACUUUACACUCCGUAAAAAUUGCAACCGUUGCAUAACCCAAAACGUAUAAACCCAAGCAACCCACCUAACCUAGCGAAGCUGAUGCAUAGAAAACGUCAAUAUUACUGUGCUUUAAUUGCUGCUAAUGCGUCGCAUUUUUAAAGGAUUUGUCCAUUGCGUAAAAAUGGCGACGUUUAAGGGGAGAGAACGGGUUGAGGGACGCUCCUCAGACAGUGAGACCCCUUAGAAUCCCC